AUGGCGUCGGAGCGGCAGGACGCUCUGAGGGAGUUCGUGGCGGUGACGGGCGCAGAGGAGGAUAGGGCCCGCUUCUUCCUGGAGUCGGCCGGCUGGGACCUGCAGAUCGCCCUAGCAAGCUUUUAUGAGGAUGGAGGGGACGAAGACAUUGUGACCAUUUCGCAGGCAACCCCCAGUUCAGUAUCCAGAGGCACAGCCCCCAGCGAUAAUAGGGUGACAUCCUUCAGAGACCUCAUUCAUGACCAAGAUGAGGACGAGGAGGAAGAGGAGGGUCAGAGGUUUUAUGCUGGGGGCUCAGAGAGAAGUGGACAGCAGAUCGUUGGCCCUCCCAGGAAGAAAAGUCCCAACGAGCUGGUGGACGAUCUCUUUAAAGGUGCCAAGGAGCAUGGAGCUGUAGCUGUGGAACGAGUGACCAAGAGCCCUGGAGAGACCAGUAAACCAAGACCAUUUGCAGGUGGUGGCUACCGCCUUGGAGCGGCACCGGAGGAAGAGUCUGCCUAUGUGGCAGGAGAAAGGAGGCGGCAUUCCGGCCAGGAUGUUCAUGUAGUGUUGAAGCUCUGGAAGACUGGAUUCAGCCUGGACAACGGUGAACUCAGAAGCUACCAAGACCCAUCCAACGCCCAGUUUCUGGAGUCUAUUCGCAGAGGAGAGGUGCCAGCAGAGCUGCGGAGGUUAGCUCACGGCGGGCAGGUGAACUUGGACAUGGAGGACCAUCGGGAUGAGGACUUCGUGAAGCCCAAGGGAGCCUUCAAAGCCUUCACUGGCGAGGGUCAGAAGCUGGGCAGCACUGCCCCCCAGGUAUUGAAUACCAGCUCUCCAGCACAGCAGGCAGAAAAUGAAGCCAAAGCCAGCUCUUCCAUCUCAAUUGAUGAGUCACAGCCUACCACAAACAUCCAAAUACGGCUUGCUGACGGUGGGAGGCUGGUGCAGAAGUUUAACCACAGCCACAGGAUCAGCGACAUCCGACUCUACAUUGUAGACGCCCGGCCGGCCAUGGCUGCCACCAGCUUUGUCCUCAUGACUACCUUCCCAAACAAAGAGCUGGCUGAUGAGAACCAGACCCUGAAGGAAGCCAACCUGCUCAAUGCCGUCAUCGUGCAGCGGUUAACAUAA